AUGUCGCCAGCAGAUAAAGGGAGAAUACUUUAUUUCAUUCUCUGGCUACCCACCUUCCAUCCCUGGAAGCUGGUAUUGUUACCAACUCUACAGGCAAAAGGAGAGAAUGUAUUUGGUGUCUGCCACAUCUUCGCAUCCUUCAGUGACACCUUUGUCCAUGUUACUGAUCUUUCUGGCAAGGAAACCAUCUGCCGGGUGACUGGUGGAAUGAAGGUAAAGGCUGACAGGGAUGAGUCCUCUCUGUAUGCAGCCAUGUUGGCUGCCCAGGAUGUGGCCCAGAGAUGCAAGGAGCUGGGCAUCACUGCCCUGCAUAUCAAACUCUACGCCACAGGAGGGAACAGGACUAAGACCCCUGGACCUGGAGCCCAGUCAGCCCUCAGAGCUCUUGCUCACUCAGGGAUGAAGAUUGGGCGUAUUGAGGAUGUCACCCCCAUCCCCUCUGACAGCACCCAAAGGAAGGGUGGUCGUCGUGGUCAUCAUCUGUGAA